GGAAGAGGCGCUCGGAGCAGCUGCCGCACCACGUGACCGGCCGCUCCGCCGCGUGGGUUCGGUUUCCUCCGCGCGGCGGCAGGUAGUUCCCGACGCCGACACAAACCCGGCGGGACUUCGUGGACUCUUUGGUUUUCUUUUUUUCCGGUCUUGAGUCGUUGUAGCGCGAGCCCGGAGUCACCAGGAGACCUCGGGGCGAUGAGGAGACAUUCUCUGCGGAGGUUAGUGAAGCUGUUCGCCGCCGCGGUCGGGCUCUUCCUGUCGGCGCACAUCUUACUCAGUGGUCUGACUUCUGGUAAACAUCCGCCGAAGCCGAGUCCCCUUCCCGCGGAGGAAUACCGGCUCGUUUCCCCUGAAACAUACGAGUAUGUUCUCAACCGGCCGGCCGCGUGCGCGGACCGAACCAGACCCCCCUUCCUGGUCUUCAUGGUCCCGGUCGCGCCUGCGGAGGCCGCGGCCAGGGAAGCCGUCAGGGAGACGUGGGGGGCUCCGAGUGAAGACACCCUCACCCUGUUCUACGUGGGGCUGCCGGAGGGGGGGCGGGGCUCGCGCGUCCAGGCCCUGCUGGAGGAGGAGAGCAGCGCGCGCGCUGACAUCAUCCAGGUGAACUUCCAGGACAGUUACCAAAACCUGACGGUCAAGACCAUGAUGAUGAUGAGCUGGCUGGCCACGCACUGCCCGAACGCCUCCUACGCCAUGAAGGCGGACGCCGACGUCUUCGUGAACGUCUUCCAUCUCCUCAGGAGACUGAGGAGCUCCCCCGGGCGGGACUUCAUCACGGGGUCGGUGAUCAGCGACGGCAGGCCGAGGAGGAGCCGCGACAGCAAGUGGCACUUGUCGAAGGAGGUGUACCCGGAGGACAGCUUCCCGCCGUACGUGUCCGGGGCGGGCUACGUCUUCUCGGCCGACCUGGCCCCCAGGAUCUCCUGGGCGUCCCGGUUCGUGAGGCCGAUCCCCCUGGAGGACGUGUACGUGGGGCUGUGUCUGCGCGUGCUGGCCGUGCGGCCCGUGUACUCACUCGGCCUGCCGACCUUCAGGAACCUGUUCGAAGUCCGGCAGCUGGAGUACGACAGGUGCGCCUUCGCGCGACUGGUGCUCGCCAACGGGUUUAAGCCGUCCCAGCUGCUGCACAUGUGGCGAGACUUCUCCCAGGACCAAAGCGGCUGCUGACUGCAAAGUCCACACACACACACACACACACACACACACACACACACACACACACACACACACACACACACACACACACGGAAAGGAAAGCCAUGAGACGCAGAGAUGUUUUAUUAUUAUCAGGGAGCUUUGAUGAAUUAGUCCGUCAGCAAAGAAAUGAAUGAGUAGUUAAUCCUUGAAGUGGGGCUGUCUCUGUCUCAGUCUCUAUUCAAUUUGUCCUCCUCAGGUCAAAGAAAAGCAAAACUAGAUAACUUUAAGUACACUUACUUCCCUGUUUAUCUGACGGGUUCAAUGGAGCCACAGAAUGUAAAGAAUGUACGCGUCUAUGAGUCAGGGGACAGAGUCCUCAUAAGCCACUUGACAGGAAAAUCAGGAAUAGAGAUGUUAGCGAUAAUAAUAGUAAUAAUAUACAUAAAACUAAAGAUGAAUGAAUUCAAAUGAGAGCUGACUAAACUAAUCCUAUAACACUCUUUUUAUAGAAAGUUGAAGUCACCAUUACGGGGUGCCAUCACGUCUGUAUUAGACCUCCAACUUCCUGCAGACAGACCCUGAUUCUGAAUUGUUAGUGUAAUCACGAUAAUCCUUAAAAAAAGUUUUACCAAUGUUUUGGCUCUAAUGGAUCGUGAAAGUGGCGCUGUUUCAGAAAGGCUUUCUCCGCGUUGCAUUAAAAUGUAUUAUCCAAAGUUAAUCCAAGGAAUUGCUGUUUACACCAAAGACUAAAAAAUAAAUAAUCCACAUUGCUGUACCGGUAGUUACCUUAAAUGACUUGGAGCCAUACAAGCAUUGGAAGCCAUUGGAUGCAUCACGCUGCUGCUGGGAGAGCUUGACAGAGCGGAGCCUCUAUUUGCCGCCUGUUGGUCAGGUGACCGCUGUGCCUUUUUAAAUACUGCGUCUUCCAACUCUGUGCCUUUUUAUGUCGUCGUUGUUGUUGUUGUGGUUUCACAUGACGACCAGCUGAUGGCAGCAUGCGCUGAGAUUUAGUGCCUGAUGCAGAAGUGUUAUAUGACCUUUUACUGCCUAUUUAUUCUUCAAGCCAACGCCUUCAUAUUUAUCAGGGGUCACUUAGUGCUGCUAUUGUUGUGUUCUUAUCAUUGCUGCUGCAGCUUUUGGUAUCGCUCUUCGGUUGCCAUGCUGGAAUAAAUGCUGUUUCCUUCCAGACAAAAUAAAAGUCUUGGUUAAGUAUUGAAA